UAGUGGGCUUAGAUCCCUUCAGCUCUUUACCUAUUGACGUCCUCAUCUAUAAAACGGUGUGUCGUGUGUACCCGCUUCAGUGGGCUGUUGUGACAUCACAGAAGAUGGCACACGCAGUGUCUAGCGGACCAUCCAACACAUUCAGAACUGUCUCCCCUUGCGCCUUAUAACUCUGUCUCCCAUCCACUAAAUAAGAGAAAGUUCUAACUGCCCUUUCUCAUUUUCCUUUUCUUAGUGCAUGCUAGCCCAACAUCCUCUUGAAGAGAAAUGGAGAGAGUUCUUUCCUGCCACACAGGGACGUCACAGAAGCAAAAAACAUCCUGACUCAGUGGGAUUACUAAAUGUCCGAUCCAAUCAUUACCUCCAAAUGGUCCAUCAUCUGGAAAACACCCAAUAUGGAAAUACCCAGAUCACUUGUCUACCUAAAAAUCCUGUGUGUCUCACACAGCCUUCAAGUAAUCAAGGCUCAGGGGAAGGGACAGGGAUUUGUAAACCCUGGAGCAAGCUUCUGCCUACUGGAGACCGUUGCUAUGUAGAGACCCUGGGUGAAGCCACCAUCACCAUGUCUGACCAGGAAGCAAAACCUUCAGCUGAGGAAUUGAGGGAUGAGAAGGAAGGAGAAUACAUUAAACUCCAAGUCAUUGGACAGGAGAGCAGUGAGAUCCACUUCAAAGUAAAAAUGACAAGGCAUCUCAAGAGGCUCAAAGAAGCAUACUGUCAAACACAGGGAGUGCCAGUAAAUUCAGUCAGAUUUCUCUUUGCAGGUCAGGGAAUUGCUGGGAAUCACACUCCAAAAGAACUGGGAAUGAAGGAAGAUGUGAUUGAAGUUCAUCAGGAACAAACAGGGGGACGUUCAAUGAUUUAGAUAUUCUUUUUUUUUCUUUACUCUCGAUCCUUUUUUAUUUUUAAAAAUGUGUUUUUUAUAAUGUAGGUGUUCAACACAGACUGGAAAACGGGCACCCAUCUCUUUAAAACAUCUGAUGAUUUGAAUUCUCGUGUCCAUGAUUCAUUUCCACUUGUUUUCGUUGUGCUGAUUUUUGGUGAUCAAACUUCAGCCCCCUUCAUAUUGCACUCUCCUUUUUAAAAAUUACAUGUGGGGGCACCUGGGUGGCACAGUCGGUUAAGCAUCCGACUUCAGCCAGGUCACGAUCUCGCGGUC